GCGUGUUUGCUGCCAACCACGACCAGCCCCGACGCUCGACACGCUGGACAACACCACAAAAAUGAGCAACGUUCGUAAUCGCAUCCUCUUCGUCAGUGGAUUCCAUCCGUCGACUCGCGCCCGCGACUUGGCCUUUGAAUUCGAACGCUAUGGACCCUUGGUGCGCUGCGACGUUCCUGCCCCUCGCAAUCCUCACGCUAGCUCCAACCCCUAUGCAUUUGUCGAGUUCCGCAGCCAGCGCGACGCCGAAGAUGCCUACUACGACAUGCACGGGCGAUACUUUGAGGGUUGUCGGCUGAGUAUCCAGUGGGCGAAGAACCCUCCCUCCUCGGUUUGGCGCUAUGACCGACGCUCCCCGCCACAACGGUCCACCCGCGAACGCGAACGCGAGCGUUCCCGCAGCCCCCGCCGCCGCUCCGAGAGAGACUAUAGAGAUGACCGGGACAGGGAUAUCGAUAAAGGUAGAGAUGACAGAGACAACAGAAGGAGGCGGAGCAGGAGCCCCGACAGGAGGCGUAGCCUCACUCCCGAGCGGAGGAGGGACGACCGCGACCGUGGUCGCACGCCUCCCUUGGACGACAUCAAAAAGGAUGAUGAUCGUGAAAGGGCUCGUGCUCAGACUCCCCCUUAUGAUCACUAAGGUUAAGUCCGCCGAACACUUUUGCUUUUCUUGCACCCUUUGAGUUUCGAAGACCAAAAAUAACACUGCAAAAUUGAUAAUACCGUAUAUUUUCCGCGUUACUUUGCUACCUCUUUGAAUUUUAUGAGCUUCCCUGAGUGUG